GCCGUAGGACGGGGUAGCAAGAUGGCGGCCCCUGCUUUUGCCGGUGCCGUGAGAGCUGCGUCAGGAAUCUUACGGCCCCUGAAUGUUUUGGCGUCUUCAGCCUAUCGAAACUGUGCCAAGAAUGCCUGUCUCGGUUCUGCACUGUCCACCCGACAUUUUAGUCCUCUUCAGACACUGGUUGUUUCCUCUGCUCCCAGACUCAUCACAUGUGUCAGAAACCUGACAUGCGGGCAUACUGCAACAGUCUUCAAUAGAGUGGCCCCCUUGCUUCCAAAUAUCCUGAAGCUGCCAGUCAGAACUGUAACCUACUUCAGUUCGCGAAAAGGCAAGAGAAAGACUGUGAAAGCUGUCAUCUAUAGGUUUCUUCGACUUCAUUCUGGCCUGUGGCUACGGAGGAAGGCUGGUUAUAAGAAAAAAUUAUGGAAAAAGACGACUGCAAGAAAAAGACGCUUAAGGGAGUUUGUGUUCUGCAAUAAAACUCAGAGUAAGCUCUUAGAUAAAAUGACAACGUCCUUCUGGAAGAGGCGAAACUGGUAUGCUGAUGAUCCUUAUCAGAAGUAUCAUGAUCGGACAAACCUGAAAGUAUAGAUCAGAAGUUUUAUGAUUUCCCAGUUGUUGAAUGUGUAUCUUUGUGUAUAUGAUGUCUUUGCAAAAGUGAAAUAGUAUAAAACUUGACGUAAAUUGUACCAACUGAUAUGGAAACAUAUAAUACCAACAUUAAACUUACCAAAGUUUUAAAACUUAA